AGUUCCGCGGCAAAGGAAAUAAGUUUCUUCCCGAUAAGCACGAAACAGCGUACAAAAAACAUCUUUCUACCAAAAAUUUUGCUCGAAAACAAACCAAAAAUUCGACCCUGAAUUCAAAAUUCAAAUUGACUUGCUCCGAAUAAUUUCUGCACUUCGAAUAGGGCAAUCAAGAAUUGUGAUCCUCUUGUCUAGUACAACUACAUUGCCAAUAAAAAUUGCUUCGAAAAUCAAACCACGACACAGCAGGUCAAUUUUUUUUGUUCGGAACUGAAGGUUCAUUCUCUUUCUAGUGGUAGGACAAGGUUUGAUAUCUUCAAUACUAUCGAGUUCUGUUCGAGUAAAUAACAUCGAAAAACACGAAGAAUUGAGUUAGUAGAACUGUAACUUGUGUUUUCUGCAUCACAAAUCAAGCAAAAUGGGCUUCGGAUCCUACGGAGGUGGUGGUCGUCGUGGUGACAGCCGCGGGCGCGGCGGAGACCGGUUCGGCGGAGGCGGCAGUAAGUUGUUGUUUCAAGUCUAACUCUCGUGCGACACGUCGCGUGGCCGAGGUCCUCGUGUAGUUUCGUCGUGGUCGAUGCAGAAGUCUACUGUCGUGACGGGGUGUGCUGAAUAUAGGAGGACAACAAUUUUUUCUGUUUCCUCACGGCGCUACGAGGGAUGAACCAGCGGCGGUGCGCACAAUUUUGCAGAAGUGACAACGUUGUCUAGUACAACUACCUGCGACCUCGGGGCGGGCAGCACAAUGCUCUCGAUCCGAUUUUUCGUGUGUCAUAGUUAGUGAUAGAUGUUAGCAGCUCGUAGUCGUACUAGUCAGCACAGCACAUUUGGCAUAGUAAAAAACGCUAUGAAAGAUCACAAAUCUUCGAAGUUGGUGCCCGUGCUCUGGAGUAAAAUCAUUGCAGUUGUUCCAAAUUUAGUUGCGAAUCUAUAGAUCUGUCAAUAAAAAACACUUAAUGCGCUGUAGCUUUUGUCGGUUAUUUGCUUUUUUUUUGUGAAAAUCGAAAUUUGCUUUUCCCCACCUGUCGCGCACGCAGUCCAGCAAAUAGUAGCGCGAGGAUGAAAUACAAAGAUUGCUUGGCAGUGAAGAUGAACCCUAGUAAGAAUCAGACACACGACACGAAAAUCGAGGAAACGAAUCGAAAGCGCUGCUCGUAAUCGGUACAACUUUGCAUGAGGGCAAAGGGGUCGCAAUCCGUUUCACUUUUUCAGCGCACCGACAUCAUCAUCUCUCGAGCCGAGACAGAAGCACCCCAAACGCAACGGACCACAGUCAAUCGACUUCGCGCGAAAACCAACCGAACCUCCCCCAUUCGGGGCCACGGACUUUUGAUUUUUGCAUAAUUUAAAAAUGAGUAAACUUUUGGAAUGUGAAUGAAUAGCGUUAGUGUUGUAAAUAGCAGCGUAGAAUUGAUGUAAGAAUAUUACAAGGGGACGGACUAGUACUAUGGAAAUUGAAAAAAUUCUUCAUGAGAGCAAAGUUCUUGCAUUCUUUCCAACCUUCGCGCACCAAGAAGCUGCGGCUCAACAUUUUUGCGCGACUACAAGCAAUUGCAGUUUGUUGUGGGUGUUCGUCUAAACUGGUUGUCUCUCGAUUUGUUCAUCGUCUGACUUUGUAAUGCGCGACGUGUGGGAAAAUCAAUAUGACACUAGCGCAUUGCGAAGAUGAUGAAUAUAACGAGGCAGCCGACGGACGAGUUUUGAUUUGUCGCAUCAAAUAAAGCGGCAAAGUAACACCCGCCGCACACACGACAAAAAGGACGGGCCGCACUACAGGAGGUUUCAUUUUGGGGCCACGUCGGCGGAGUAAAGUGCAUUGCAAUGGAUGCGCAGUGUCGUGAGAUGCAAUUCGAUCUCGCGCGACUUUCUUACUGCGUGUUGGUUACAAAUGACAGCACGACGACUCCGUCGGAGUAAAGAAAUAAAUCUUCGUGACUGUUGACCCCGUCACGUUGCGCAGGCUCCUUGUAUUUUUGCGCAGAAAGUAAGAAGUCGGGGCGCUUUCGCUUCUGGUUGUCUCCUGCGCAUCAGGAGUUGCAGUUUGUCACAGUGGUCCGCAGUUUCACGUUAUCAAGGUCUUGUCAACAACAUCAAGGCCGAUGCAAUUUCAUCACUGCGGCGUCGCCACAGGCGGCGGUUUUUGUGAUGGUGUAGUGGCACCAGCACAUCUUCGCUGCAGUGUAUUUGUCUCUAUCCGCAGGAGCUCUCAUGAAAGAAAAUUAUGUUAAUCUUCUAGUUUUGUUUCUCAUUCUGUACUUCACGUGUCGAUAAACUUUUUCUCCCAGAAGUCGUGGAAAAUUGAGAUCUCACGAAUAAAUUGUUGUGUUUCGAUUUGUGAAUACCUCCGCGGUUUCGUCGUGCAGAAGUACUUCUACGCGGAUCUUCACAGCAAUAAUCGGAACCGAAAACAACUCAUCUCGUGAGACGGCAUUUUUCUGCCACAGACCUGUGGAAACACAAACACACAUGAAGCAAAACCGACUCGUGAAAAAAGAGAAAACAAGAUCCCGUUCCCUUUUUGCAUCAACCACUAAAUGUUGAAAAGAUCUUUUAGUAGACUAAUUUUGUUCCACUAUUUUACGUGUACUUUAUCCUGAUUCAUCCUCUCAGGCCGCGGAGGUGGCUACGGCGGGUUUGGCGGAGGUAGUUCGUCUUUUGGUAAGGGUGGCGGUAAUAUGCAUUGCAAAAAUGUCUGGGUCUGGAAGGUUGCAACUUGUGAUGCUGGCUUUGGAUUCGAAAAAAAUCUGUGUUGCAUGAGCAGCAAGGGGAGUCCACUUUUUGCUACGCGAAGAGGGCCCUUGUCAUGCGGAAUAGGCAUCAAGAAGCCCUCAGAAAAUCUGUGAUGCUAGGGCGUACAUCACAGACGUGAUGGCUCAUGCAAAACGUGCAUGACAGGUCUCAGAAUCUUCCAGAACCAGACAUAUUUGCACUUGAUAGGUAAGGGCAAGGGCGGUGGCGGAGGCUCCGGCCUCGGCGCGAACUUGCGCCGGAUCGAUUGGAGCCGGGAGCGUUUGAUUCAGUUCGAGAAGAACUUUUACCAGGAAUCUGCCGCCGUCCAACAGUGGCACCCGAGCGAGGUCGAGAUGUGGCGUCAGGAAAAGGGCAUCGCGAUCAUCAACGACGGGUAAGUGCUAUUAAUUAAUUUACAACUUCUAGAAUUUUUGUCUUGCAUAAUAAAACAGCAUGUUGCAGUUGCCCUAUACCCAUUGCCAAGUACUGAUGAGUUGAAUUUGUGAUGCAUAAAUAAAGGACAGCAUCAUGCCUACGUUGUUUGUAAUCGCAUGACAAAAAUAUAUAAAAUAACAGUGGCCACCCGUGCCCGAAGCCGAUGAAGACGUUCCACGAUGGAAACUGGCCGUCUUUCGUCAUGGACGCGAUUACCCGGGCCGGGUUCGUCGAGCCCUCCCCGAUCCAGGCGCAGGGGUGGUCGGUUGCCUCGUCCGGUCGCGACAUGAUCGGUAUCGCGGAAACCGGGUCCGGAAAAACUCUGUCCUUUUUGUUGCCGGCGAUCAAGCACAUCGCCGCACAGCCGCCGCUGAACAACGGAGACGGACUAUCCUGAGUAAAAACGUCCCCACACAGAGUUGUCAUGCAAAUCUGCAUGCCAAAAAAGUUUCUCAUGUGGAGCGCCAUGAGAGGCAUUUUCUAGUCGUGUUUUGGAAUUUGUGAUGCUACAAUCAGCAUGAUAUACUGGAUCUGUGAUGCUGUUGAACUACCUAAACAGGAUUACACUACGAGGAGAAACUUGUCAUGCCAAACGACCAAAGCUGGCUGAUUUGUCUAGCAGAUUUCCCAUCUUGACUCUGUGUGGGGACGUUUUUACAAAUGAUACGGACCCAUCUGCCUGGUCUUGGCCCCGACAAGAGAACUGGCCGUCCAGAUUCAGACUGAAGUGACGAAAUUCGGAGUAAGAUUUUGUUUUUUUGUUGAUGUCACAGAAGUAGGAGUGGUUUGUAUCUAUGUAGUGCUUUAUAUUCUACUUCUAAAAUGAUCUCAGUUUCACUGCUUCUGACAAUAGCGGACUUGUCACAUUAGCACCGAAGAUGAACAUGAACCGUCUAGAGAAAUCAUGACGUUUAUACUUUUCAUCCCGUUUUUGAAAAAAACUUUCUCAGGGUCAGCUCCGCAACACGUGCCUCUACGGUGGUGUACCGAAGCAGCCGCAGAUCCGCGAAAUCCGCGACGGGCGGGAGAUCGUGAUCGCCACACCGGUAUCAAAUGUAAAAAUGUCUGGGUCUGGAAGAAUGCGAGGUUUGUCAUGCACGUUUUGCAUGAGCCAUGAUGUCUGUGAUGCAUACCCUGGCAAUACAGAUUUUUUGAAGGCUUCUUGAUGCCUAUUCCGCAUGACAAAUGCUUUCUCAGCUUAGCAAAAAUUGCACUCCCUUUGGUACUCAUGCAAUACAGAUUUUUUUGGAAUCCAAAUGCAGCAUCACAAGUUGCAUUCUUCCAGACCCAGACAUAUUUGCAUUUGAUAACCGGGCCGAUUGAUCGACAUCCUGGACAUGGGAAUCUGCACCUUGAAGCGGGUUACCUACUUGUGCCUGGACGAGGCCGAUCGCAUGUUGGAUAUGGGUUUUGAGGAUCAGGUAUGUAUCUAUACUUUGUAAUUGUAUAAGAUGCAAAUGAAAAUCAAUGUAGAUCUAGAUGAUGUUUUUCUCUUGAUGCAACCUUUGCAGAAGUCUUGCAUGACAAGAACCUUCAGGUGAACUCCAGCACCUUCGUCGUGGCCUCCAUGCCGCCGAUAAAUUUGAAUUUUUUUCCACCACGACAGGUCCGCAAGAUUUGCUCCCAAGUACGACCGGAUCGUCAGACCCUGCUCUGGUCCGCGACGUGGCCGAAGUCCGUCGCUUCGCUCGCCCGCGUAUGCAUUGCAAAUGUGUCUGGUUCUGGAUGAGUGGAAAGUUUGUCAUGCGCAUUUUGCAUGACCCAUGAUGUCUGUGAUGUAUGCGCUGGCAUGACAGGUUUUGUGAGGGCCUCCUAAUGCCUACACAGCAUGAGAAGUGCUCCCUCAGCGUAGCAGCUACUGGCCUCCUCUUGCUGCUCAUGCAAUAAGGACUUUUCUUAGAAUCGCAAGACAGCAUCACAAGUUGCAUUCUUCCAGACCCAGAUCGAUAUUUGCAUUUGAUGCCGCGAUCUCUGCCGCGAGAACCCGGUCCACAUCAACAUCGGUGCUUUGGAACUGAUAUGAACUGCAAAAGUAUCCGAUACUUGUAUAAUUGCAUUACAAAAUUUCUCAGCAUGAGAAAUAUAUAUUUGUAAUGCGGAUUUACCCUAUAAGAAAAGGAUUUGUAAUGCAUGACUGCAAUACGAGUAUCAGAUACUUUUGCAUUUGAUACCUGAAGGCCAACCACCGCAUCACCCAGCGGGUCGAGAUCUUCGCGGGGUAUUCCGCAGCGCGGGAAAAGCGACAGAGAUUGAACCAGUUGUUAAGCGAAUACAUGCAGCAGGGCAAGGUUAUCAUCUUUGCGGAGACGAAGAGAGGGUGCGACGACUUGACCAGAAAUAUGAGGAUGGACGGGUAUGAAUUUUUUUUCCCAUGCAUGCAGGCUAUCAUGAUGAAAGAACGAUCUAGUUCGUGUACCGGUUUUAAUAUUUCGUUUUGCUAUUUGUGAUGCGUCACUAAUAUAACUGUCCGAGUACUAUAUAUGAUUCGUCAUGUAAAACUAAAAUUGAUAAAACAAAAAUCAAAACCUUAGUUACCCCGCUCUCUCCAUCCACGGUGACAAGAAGCAGGAGGAGCGUGACUGGGUGCUUGCAGAAUUUCGUGCCGGAAAGAACCCGAUUCUGAUCGCAACCGACGUCGCAGCACGAGGAUUGGACGUCAAGGACAUUGUAUGCAUUGCAAAAGGAUCGUAUUAGUACAAAUUGCAUUAGAAAUUUGCUCAGCAUGACAAAUACAAUUUGUAAUGCUGUUUUACCUCAGGAAGAAGAUUUGUCAUGCAAGAUCGCAAUGAGUACGAGUACGAUACUUUUGCACAUGAUACAUUAAGGUGGUGAUCAACUUCGACAUGCCAAACAACAUCGAGGACUACGUCCACCGAAUCGGCCGAACGGGACGAGCCGGGGCUGACGGUAUUACUAACAAGGAUAUCAUUUUUGCUAUUCGUAAAGAACUUUUGUUUCUUGCAUGACAAGCAUCAGAAGAUCUUGUGAUGACAAAUUCCAGCAGAUGUUGCCUGCUGCGGCUUUUUUUUGUGACGCGCAAAAGUGUUCUUGCUUUACUUACUUUACUACACAAUAAUACAGGUACCGCGGUUUCUUUCCUGACCACCGACAAGGCAAGGUUUGCGCAGGAUCUGAUCGGGAUUAUGCGGGAGGCUAAUCAGUAUAUUUCCCCGGAACUGGAAAAUCUCGCGCAGCAGGCCAAGCACAUGCCGUUCGGCGGCAAGGGUGGUCGCGGCGGCGGCAAGGGUGGCGGUAAGGGUGGCCGCGGCUCCUUCGGCGGUGGUCGGGGCGGCUUCGGUGCUCCGUACUAAAUACUGACCGAGCUGUAUAGAAGUCGAGAUUGGACGACAUGGACGACCAGCACAGCAAUGUGACACGUUCAAGUAUAGUCUACAAGAACCCUUAAAAUCCUAUAAGCUAACAGUCAAAACAAGUCGAGUCUAAACAAUGCGAGUUUAUUUCAUCAUACUACGGUUUUACUAACUAUUGCACGCGAUAAAAAUAUCGAACAUGCGAGAUGACAUUGCUAGAGAGUCUUUACUAUUGCUGCUUCUCUAUCGAGAACGAUAAGAGAAGUUGUGCCGUACAGGAGGAACCCUAAGAAUGUUUUAUCGGAAAAAUCGGAACAAGAACAACCAACUUGAACCUACUCAAAAAUGUUCUGUAAGAACUUUUAAGUCGAUUUUUCCGGAACCGAACCACGAACCACUUUUACACGAAGAACAACCUAUUACCACGAGAUUUUGAUUAUUUACCACUAUUGCCGCGAUGAGCUUUUGUUUCGGAUAUUUUCAACUAUUGCAAGAAACCUAUUGCGAAUGAGUACUAAAUGUCCUAUAUUGCUAGUACUACUGCUACGAACUACCCCUAGAAGUUGUACACCAGAAGUGCUGGAGACGAUAGCUUCUGCUGUACUAUUUUCAACUUAUCUAUACGAGCAUGCGAGAAGAUCGCUUUACCGGGAAAAGAAACACAUAUGGCUACUUGUCAUCGUAUUUUCAUACGGGUCUGAAAAUUAUACUGUAUCAUUUUUUUGAUAUGGGAAAGACGUCAUCAAUAUUCAGAUCUAUACCAAAACGCACCAGAUCCUUCCCACGUGUCGGGCUUUUGUUUUUCACACAACUACAAGAAGCUGUCAGACAUGUGGAAGAAUCUAUCAACACGAAUGUUUAUUUUAAGACAACUACACCAACGACAAUAUACUUUUGUUUGAGCAUAUAGAUUUUGAUUUUGAAAACACCACCUAUGCGAAUGGGAUGCAUAUGCAUAUGCAGCAACACCACCUAUGGACGAAUUCAGAAUGCAUAUGCAGCAACCAGUCCGUUAGCCACGGGAAUUGUAGCUGGAAGAUGCAAAAAAUAGUAGAGAUCCUGGCGAUCACGAUCUACUUUUGACCUGGGUCAACAUUUAUUAGCCACCAAGAGUUUAAAGCAAUCUGAUACUUAUCCUCUAUAAAUUGCGAACUAUUUUCCAUUUGAUAAAUGCACUUUGACUUUCCUUGGGGAAGAAGCUCCAAUCAAAUUUUCCACUUGCAUUGCGAGUUUCCUAGUACCCAUAGUCGAGUAUGAUUCUCGUAUGAUUUAAACCACAAUCACCAAGUGCGACAAAUAUCAUCCCCCAUAAAAAUCCUCCUUGUGAAGCCGUGUUUAGUUCAGAACGCGAACUGUUUUUUGGGUCUUGCUACUCUGCAUGUAAUAGUACCCGAUAUUAUUUGAAACGAGCGGCAGAGUACAGUUUCGUACAUUUUUUUUCGACAGCAGAACAAGGUGCCAUAAUUUUGGUCCUCUUUCUGUGCGGGGAGUGUCGUCGAGUAUGAAACUGUAGUCUACCGGUCCUUUUAAACAUCUUCUAUAGACGGAACCUCUUGAACAACUUCACAUCGAUUGCUCUCUUGGCUAAUAUGCGUGCUCCACAAACAACCACCUGUUUUUUCCGAUAUCUCGAAUCGGAUAGUACCCAUUCUGCUACCCUAAAGGAAAAAAACCACUGGUGCGAGAAGUAAACCGGC